AUGAGUAAUCCUGCUACUUUUAAUUUUGUUCAUAAUGAAACAAGGAUUGUUUCAGAUUUAGGGACAAAUCCUGCUGAAUAUCCAACAACUGACGUUUUCCUCUUAACUGCUCUGCAGUACUACCUGAAAACAGGAACUUGCAAAUUUGGAGCUACAUGCAAGUUUCACCAUCCUAGAGACAAAGCAGCGAUAGCUGGGAGAGUUUCCUUAAAUAUUUUGGGCUACCCUCUUCGCCCGGACGAGACUGAGUGUGUUUAUUAUCUAAGAACUGGACAAUAUAAGUUCGGGAGCACUUGUAAAUUUCACCAUCCUCAACCAACUAAUAUGAUGGUUUCAUUGAGUGGCUAUCCUAUUUAUCAAACUAUCCCUUCUCCAGCCACUCCUGGUCAGCAGUCAUAUCCAGGAGGAAUUACAAAUUGGUCAAGAGCAUCUUUCAUUCCUAGCCCCCGUUGGCAAGGUCCAUCAAGUUAUGCACCCUUGAUUUUACCCCAAGGGAUGGUAUCUGUUCCAGGCUGGAAUGCUUAUAGUGUAAGCUUUUUCUUAGCUUAUUACUAAUGCUUUGUUCAUUAA